UUCCGGUUUUAUAUGCAGAAUAGUUAAAUUGUUAUUUAAGUUUCAAGUUUGUGAUGUCCUUUAAGUCACAAAAACUCUUAAACUACGUGAAAUUAUGACGAGUACAGGUGUUCUCUGGCUUGCAGAUGACGAUGGGUUUGCUUAUACUUUAUCGCUGGAGGAAAAUAAGCUGACAUUGCGGUCCGAGGAAGCCGACAUUAUCAAACGAAUAUCUGCCGUGGACACAUGUGCAUUUGCAGUCGGUGGUGACCAAAGCGUUUAUCUUUAUGUAAACAACAGAGAUGUACCGAUACGCGUGCAAGUCAAGACGUACGAGAACCAGAGGUGGAAUCCUAUUCAUAGCUGGUCUGAAAAAUCAAUGUUACCAACAGAUCGCUGGUCAUGGAGCACACAAGAUGGUACAAAGAGAACACCAAAGGACUCGUUCAUUUUGCCAGAAAACUGGCAUUGGGAGGAUGAGUGGUACAUUGAUCCAACAGUCCCAGCUGAUGAAAAGGGGUGGCAGUAUGCAUUGGAUUUUCCCAGAGAGUAUACUCCGGCCAAAGAAUGGAAGUCCUGUGUCCGCCGGCGAUGUUGGUCAAGGUAUCGACGCUUUGGAAACCUGGAAAAAUGGAUCAAGAUCAGUUCACCAGCCACGGAUCUUCUGGUUGAAAGAGCCAUUCAGGAUAUUGCUAUCGGAGGAAUGGCAAUUCCUGGCUGUGAAUCAGGCUACAUUGCAUUAUGGGCUGUCAACUUUGCUGGACAGGUAUUAUACAGACAAGGGAUAACUGCUGUUUGUCCCGAAGGCACGUCGUGGGUGACAAUACAUCUACCAGAGGAGGUCAAGGCUGGACAGAUCUCUGUUGGACCAACAGGAAUGGUCUGGUUGAUAACUUGGCAAGGAUCUCUCUAUAUGCGCACAGGAAUUUCUAAAUUUCAACCUACAGGUUUGUCCUGGGUUUCUGUCCCCUUCCCUGAUGACAGAGUUUACCAACUUUCUGUGGGAACCAACGCGCUAUGGCUUCUGUCUAUGGAAGGAAAUGUUUAUUUCAGACGUGGUAUUUCAACAUCAAUUGGCUACACAGACGAGGAGAGUGCCAAGGGAACAAAAUGGGUUGAAAUGGUUGGAAGCUUUUCGUUGAUUUCCAUGGCUUUGAAUGAUCAGGUGUUUGCAUUAAGCACUGGGUCUGAUCACGUGUUCUUUCGGUCUGACGUCACCAGCUCCGAGCUUUCUGGCAAAGAGUGGAAGAUUUUGAAUGUUGGUCGUUCAAUGACAGACAGUAUGAGCAGCUUGUCCAGUGACUCGUCCCAUCAUGAGCAUAAAAAAAGUAUAGGUUCCAUAGGCGAUGAUGACACGACGUUGUUUUCUGAAAAUCUUACUGGAUUGAUGAAUUCAUCCGUAGAAGCACAUCGCUGGAAUUGGAUAAGCGCCAGCUCUUGCAAUGUCGUUGCGAAUUUUUUCAACGCGCACAAUUCACUUCAUCAUAGCGUCUCAGUCAGUUCCAUCAACCUGAAUAAAUUAAAUCUCGCCAGCGGACCGUGGAGGGGGGUUGUGCUCGAGUUGCUAGAGUCACGUGAUAAUGACGAGAUGAGGCCUUAUUGUGAAUUUGAACAGGCGGUGGAUAAGGGAAGUUGGUCAAAGUCUGGUACAUUUCGAAUGCUUUUGGACAGGCACAACAAUACCUGGUGCCCUUGCAAGGUAACUCUAGCCAAUGAGGGAGACGUUGAAUGCUUGAUAAUUCAACAUACUGGCAAAUCACAAAAACCGAAGGAGACGAAGUUGAUGAUCUUUGAUAUCACGUGCAUCUCGCGUGUUUACAACCAGACGCACACGAACUGUUUCACCAUCGAUACUGCGGUGAGAACUAUGGAGCGAAACUAUCUCAUGCUGUCUGCUUUGAGCGAGAAAGAACUUAACGAAUGGAUGGUGGCUUUGAACUCCGCUUGCCAAAAGGCGAGAAAGUGUGAGGGGCCGCCCAAACCCUCGGCGCUGUGGUGCACAACAUCCGGAGGGGAUGUGUUCUUUAGCGACUCCAAAGACGAAUCAGAUUUCAACAGCCUACCCGCCUACCACCUUUACUGGCGUCAGGUGGGGGGUCACCUUGCCCGAGUGGAGGCCGGGGUGGAUCAUGUUGUGUGGGGGCUUGGUGACGACGGCAGACCGUGGUGUUUCACACGUGGCUUUGGUGGCGGGAAUAUCCCAGCCGACAUGAGCAGCGCCCACGGUAUUUGUGAUCAGAGUGAUCAAGAUGUGUUCUACACAUACGAGAACCAGAGGUGGACCCCUUGGGAGGGGUUUGGGGGAAGUCGGUUGUUAACGGAUCGUUACGAGUGGAGUGACGAGACUGGGGUCCUGGAGCGUCGCAAGGAAGGUUACCCUCUCCCCAACUCUGAAUGGCAGUGGAAAGGGGAAUGGAAGGUCGACUUUGAUACAGAAGUUGGAACUGAUAGAAAGGGGUGGAUGUAUGCCCUUGAUUUCCCAAGGGAAUACAGCAACGAAAAGAAAAUUAUUGAUUGUGUGAGAAGACGCCGUUGGUUGAGAUCUGCAAGCGUCAACACGACCGGUCCCUGGGUUGAAAUCCUGCCCUCGAUUCCCCUGAGGGAUGUAAGCAUUCAAAUUGAUCGAAGGUAUCAGGAGGAUGGCUGCAUCGCUGUCUGGGCUGUUGGUAUUAAAGGAGAUGUUUUGCGCAGGAAUGGUGUGACUGCUGAUCUGCCACAAGGUGAAUCCUGGCUGCAUGUCACGACCAACACUAAAUUCCUGAGCAUCUCGGUCGGUUGCGACUACAGGGUCUGGGGCAUCGGUGAAGAUGGCGCGGCCUACAUGAGGGUUGGGUACGAAGGAAAUGACGUCGCAGGAAAGAUGUGGGAUCGUAUACAGCCCCCAGGCACGAAUCCUUUGAACACGAUAUCGGUGGGGAAGAACACGGUGUGGGCCGUUGACAAGUUUGGGGAGCAUUACUACAGGAGUGGGGUCACCCAGACCUUUCCCGAAGGAGUGGAAUGGUCGAAGAUUUUUGGAAGAGUUCAGUCAGUUUCCGUUGCCGCAAGCGACGAGGUGUGGGUCAAGUGUCAAGGAGGAUUAGAGAAGUGUUUUAAAACCUCACCAGACAAACCGACUGGCGGCGGUUGGGUCUUAGCUUUGCCGAAAUUUUGGAACAGUAUUACUGCGCGUUCGGUCGGAAUCGAGGCUGCGCCGUCAGUUUCCGAUGAAGCAGCGACUGCGACGAAGACGGAUGGCAAUCAACCGUUGAAACAAUAUGAAACUGUCAAACAACAAUCUUACAAAGAUAUCAUGGAGAGUGGCGAUAUUUACACCAGUGUGUACGGUGGAGAAGAGUUUAUUCCUAAUUCUGAUGAUGAAAGUUGAUGAAGACAGAAAGUCAGGCAACAAAAGAAUAAAUCGGCGAAAGAGGACAGGUUUGAUAUCUUAGUUGAGUAAACAUGUGGGUCGCAUUUUAGGGUGAGUUUCUAUUUUUGGCUCUUGACUAGGAUUAGGGACAUGGUUAGGCUAGGUUUAGGGGUGAGGGGGGAGUUAGGGAAGGGGGAGAGUUAGAGGAUGGGGUAUCUUUCGAGCAAUGACGAAUAGAACACGGUGCAAGGAGUGUUGAAAAUAGCAAUUUUCCCUUAAGACGCGACACGUGUGAAGAGUACUUAGGGCAAUGCGGCAGCAUUUGCAAGCAAUUAAAAAUGACAUAAAAUGUUAAAUAUUUUCAAACACGAUGGUUAGAUUAUCUUAGCAUGACCAAAGGCUCAAUGAAACGUCGAGACCUGACCGCAAUGAACUAAUAAUGAAAUAAUGAAUUUACCUAAAAACAUCGCUUUGCUUAACGACAGAGUUCACUGCAUACAGAUUCCGAUGC